GGGCCGCCCUUGGAUCUCUCCCGCACUCUGCUCUGCUCCACCUCUAGUACGCUAACUCCUUUCUCGUGUCAAACCAACCCAAUUUUCAUAACUCAAUCGCUUUUGAUUUUUCUUUUUCUUUUCUUUUGUUGCUCAUGAUUUUUUUUAUGUUACAUUCGCUAAACACCAUCUUCUAUCAUUCUUUGCAUCACAUAGCAUUUUGUAAGCCUGUUCUUGUUCAUCUCUUUCCCUUUUCAUUUCCUUUCCCAAAUCCAUCACACAGACUGCUGCUGAUUCAUUUUCCUUUUUCUAAUCGCUUUGGCCUAAUUCCAAAUGCCAAUGGGCGCGCACGCACCUACGCUUGCGCGCAAAACCACUUCAACAUUAUUGCUCCUACUAUCGUUUGCAAUCGUCGCAUUUGGUGCGAUUGAUCAUACUCCUCUCUUGAAGUUUAGGGAAGCUCUUGGAAAUAACACGGCUCUCCGCAAUUGGAAUUCCUCUGUUGAACCCUGUGAUUGGAAUCGCUCCAAUUGGAUUGGCGUCAUUUGUUUGAACGGAACCAUUUGGGGUUUAAAACUCGAAGGCAUGGGAUUAAAUGGCAUGAUUGAUAUCGAUUCUCUUGUUCACUUGACUCACUUUCGGACUUUAAGCCUUAUGAACAAUCAAUUCGUUGGCGCACUUCCUCGUAUCAACAAACUUGGCAAAUUGAAAGCCUUGUACUUAUCCAAUAACAGGUUCUCAGGACAGAUUCCAGACGAUGCCUUUCAAGGCAUGGGUUCCUUGAAGAGGGUGUUCAUAGCAAAUAAUGAGAUUACUGGUCAUAUUCCUCGCUCCCUUUCUGCCUUGCCUAGGCUUAGGGAGUUGAGACUCGAAGGGAAUCAACUCCAAGGUCACAUUCCUAAUUUUCCACAAAAGCGUUUGAAGACAGUAAAUCUAGCUAGCAAUUUAUUGGUGGGUCCUAUCCCUGAAACCCUCAGCAAGAUGAGUCCCGAGUCCUUUUCAGGCAACAAAGAUCUGUGUGGGGCGCCUCUACUUUCAUGCAGUUCGCCCAUAACAAUUUUCAGGAGAAAGAGCAACACUUCGAAAAUCAUAAUCAUCGUAAUCCUCCUACUAAUAAUACUAGCGCUCAUGGCAGUGGCUUUGGUUGUGUUCCAACGGAAAAGGCGCAGCCCACAGUUAGGGAUGAAACCAUCAUUAUCUACCAACUCCAACAAAAUUGCACCUUCCUACGUAGCACACCAAGUGCAAGGUGAAGUGCCGGCACAGGGUGCGGCACACUCGAGGAGGUCUGAUAUGCUAUCAUUCGUGAGAGAUGAUAUUCAAAAGUUUGAUUUGAACGACUUGCUAAGAGCUUCAGCAGAAGUCUUGGGGAGCGGGACAUUUGGGUCCUCAUACAAGGCUGCCGUAGGGGGUGGCCUGGCUUUGGUUGUUAAGAGGUACAGGCAUAUGAACAAUGUAGGUAGGGAAGAGUUUCAUGAGCAUAUGAGAAGGCUGGGGAGGUUGAGGCAUCCAAACUUGCUGCGUCUCACAGCGUACUACUAUCGGAGGGAAGAGAAGCUUUUGGUUUAUGAGUUUGUUGAGAAUGGUAGCUUGGCCAGUCACAUUCAUGGUAACCAUUCCCUUGAAAAGCAAGGGCUUGAUUGGCCAACCCGGUUGAGAAUUAUCAAAGGCGUGGCCAAAGGAUUGUCAUAUGUAUACAGUGAGCUUCCUAUAUUAGUUCCCCAUGGUCACCUGAAAUCUUCAAAUGUGCUUCUAGGUCCGUCCAUGGAACCUAUGUUGACAGAUUAUACCCUAAGGCCAGUAAUCAACCCCCAACAGGCCCACAAUCUAAUGAUUGCUUACAAAUCACCCGAGUACGCAGAAACUGGCCGAACAUCCAACAAGACUGACAUUUGGAGCUUCGGCAUACUGAUAUUGGAGAUAUUAACGGGAAAGUUUCCGGAGAACUAUCUAACGCCGGGAUACGAUAGUAGUGCAGAUAUAGCAACGUGGGUUAACAAAAUGGUUAAGGAGAAACGAACAAGCGAAGUGUUCGACAAAGAAAUGAAGGGAACAAAAGAUAGCAAAGGCGAGAUGAUUAAUCUUUUGAAGAUUGGGUUGAGCUGUUGCGAACGGGAUGUAGAGAGCAGAUUGGACAUCAAAGAAGUGGUUGAGAAGAUUGAACAGUUGAGAGAAGGAGAUGGCGAUGAAGAUCUCAAUGUUACUGUAAGAGGCAACGGGGAUGGGAUUUCCUACACUGUGGAUCGAUGACUGGCAAAGAAAGAAAGCAAUGAAAGAGGAAGUUUCAGAAAAAAAUAAUUAAAAAAAUUUAUAUUAUAAAAAUGGGUGUCACAGAGACGAGAGGUUUCACCUUCACAGGCUUCCUUCUAAGCUAAGGGCAAGGCAUGGGGAAAAUACUUGUGAGCCUGAAGUGGAGGAAGCUGAUCCUGAUAACAGUAUGGUGCGUGGCCGUUUUGUUAAUUUUGGAUUGGAAAAGCUACAUGAGAAACAAACCCACAUAUACAAAAUCAAAUCUUCAUCGUCUUAGCUUUAUCUCUCUCCCAUGACACUGUAUAUUUGUGGAUCAACGAUUCCUUGGUUGUCAGAAUUCAA